AUGUUUGGGCGGCGGCAGACGACGGAGACGACGGAGACGACGGAGACGACGGAGACGAAGGAGCAGAAGGAGCAGAGGGAGGAUGCGCUUCUCGACGCUGCACUAUAUGACAGGUUGGCUGUCGUCAUAUCCGCUCUCCGUGACGGCGUCGACGUCAACUGCAAAGACUGCUUUGGUCGGACACCACUGCACAAAGCUGCUCUCUGUGGUCAUUCGGAGAUCGUCCGUAUCUUGCUUGACCACCGUGCCAAAGUCAAUGCCAGAGAUAGAUAUCUCAGCACGCCACUGCACUUGGCCUCGCAAUGCAAUCACGUGGAGAUCGUUCGCCUUCUCUUGGCCCACGGCGCCGAUCUCGAUGCUACAGACAUAUAUGGUGAGACGGUGCUGCAUCUUGCGGCUUAUAAAGACCACACGGCGGUGGUCCAAACGCUGCUGGAAAGCGACAAGUCGCUGCUGCGUCGUCGCGACUCGAAGGGCAACACGGCACUGCAUGCGGCAGCUGCAAAGGGCCACGAGCAGACCGUCACGACGAUUCUCCAAUUCAUUGAGAACGAUAGCUGCAUCGACGCCACCAACCACGCUGGCGAAUCCGCCCUUUUUGUCGCUGCUGCCAAUGGUCAUGUCGACAUUGUCAAGGCCCUUGUACACGCCAACGCCAGGACCCACCGCGUUUCCAACGAUGGGUCGACCUUGCUGCACGCGGCCGGUCUGGGCGGAGACUCCGAUGCUCUUUGUUAUGCCCUAUCAAAGUGCGGCGAUGCCUUGGAGACACGUGACGAGAUGGGGCGCACGCCGCUGUACGUCGCGGCCGAGAAGGGCCAUGGCGGUGCCGUCACGGCCUUUCUCGAAGCCCAAGCCGACCUCUUUGCAAUCAACAAGGUCGACAAGACGACCGUGCUCAUGGCGGCGGCCACCAACAACCACGGCAACGUCGUCAACGUCCUUCUCCGUCAACUCGUUCCGACAAUGACGGCGGUCGAUACUGCGUCGUACAGAGCCUUGAUGACGCAUCACAAGCAUUUGGCUGCGGCGCAAGUGCAUCUCGGCCAGCGCAACGCGAUGCGCAAAACAGCAAUCGAGAUUGCCUCCAGUGCCACAAAGCAGCUCAUCGAAAAUCGUGUGACAUCCUUGCAAGCCGACCUCGAUCGCACUCACCUCGCCAUCCAAGCCAAGGAAGCGGCGCUGGCCAAGGCCAUGCAAACCCAAGAGUGGACGAUGACCAAGCAAUUGCUGCGAGAAGGCGUCCCCGUCACCUCUCUCGACCGUGUCGGUGAUAUCGUGAACGCGGGUGACGCAGAGCUGCUGCUCACACUCGUGCGUGCGAUCAUGGAAGCAGACAAUAUGAUGUUACUUCAAACGCUUAUCCGAACUCCAGAAUUGUCAAAGCCGGCCCGUAACCAGCUGGCGCAAGAUGCGCUCGUGACGGCGGUAACGAGCGGCAAGACGCUGUCUGCGAUGAACCUUCUCCGCAUGGCCAACGUGAACCUCAAUCUCGUCACGACGGAGGGGCCGUCGCCGUUGCAUCUAGCGGCCAAGAUUGGCUCGGACCGCGUACUGAGCAUGCUCCUGGCAGCGUCGCGCGAAGACGUCGACACGAUCAACGAGGGCAACACGGCGCUGGCCAUUGCAGUCCACAAAGGUCACGUCGACGCUACCAAGGUGCUUGUAAGCGCCGGUGCGAAUCCAUCGUUCGUGCUGCCGUCUGGCUACACCGUGUUGGCCACGGCCGUGCGACGUGGGCACCAGGAGCUGGCCCAGCUUCUUCACGAUGGCAUCUACACGACCGUCCCAACCGUUACCGCGGCCGCUUUUUCGGGACUGGAGCGUUUACCGGACGGUGGGUUUGGCGCCAUCGAGAAGGUCAAAUGGAGCAACAAAUGCAAUGAUGACGUUCUCAUCCGCAAGCGGCCUCUCCACGGCUAUCGAUCGGCCAUAAAAUCGUUCCGCAGCGAAAUCCAGUUGAUGCAGUCGUGUUGGUCGCCGUACUUGCUGCCGGCGCUGGCCAUCGUCGACAACCCGACGGACGGCGUCCAAGUGGUGACUCCAUACAUGAGCGACGGCGACCUCUUCCACUACCUCGAGAAACAGCGAACAUCCACGCCCAACGACAGCAGCGACUCGAACGUGGAAUUCUCGAUCGUCCAUGUCGCCUGGGUCAUCGCCAACGGGCUUGCGUACUUGCACGCGAAGAACAUCAUCCACCGCGACCUCAAGAGCUUGAACGUCUUUCUCUGCGCCAAGCACGGAGUUGUCCUCGGCGAUUUUGGCAUCGCGCGGUCCAUUGAAGACAACAUGACGGCGGGCGCAGGCACGGACGUUUGGAUGGCCCCCGAAGUGCUCCGAGAAGAGGAUGAGGGAGACCGGGUGUACGAUGCGUCGGCCGACGUUUACUCGUUUGGUGUGAUUUUGACCGAGCUCGACACGGGCCGCGAGCCAUAUGCGGACUCGACCCUCAAGCGAUUUGAGAUUUUGACCCAGGUCCGCACGAACAAAUUGCGUCCGACCAUGUCCGACAGCUGUCCGCAGUGGCUUGCCGACCUCGCGGCCGCGUGCUUGUCGUUUGAUCCGUUGCAGCGGCCGACGGCAGACGAGAUUGUGGCCAUUCUCGCGCCGCACCUCGACGACGACCGCAAGGCUGGCGACGGGCGCCUGGUCCCUGCGCCGUAG